AUGGACGAAACCAACACGGAAUUAGAUUCCUUUACAGCGGCGAUGCUAGCUCGUGUCAGGGCCCGCAAGGAACAGCUUGACAGAUUGGAAAACGAUGAGGACACUGAGGCUUUAGGCGAAAAUGAAAACAACAAAAGCUCCAGUGAGGGAAGCCUCAGUGACGAUGAUGACAGUCUCUUGUUGAGCAACAUGCCAAACGAUGACAAGGAUCGACAUGUGCGAAAGUCCAUUUCGAUGUUGCUUAAUGUCCGCGAGCCCGUGCUGCCUGUUCAGGAUGAGCCUGAUGUUCACGAGAGUCCGGCCAAGUUUGCCACUACCACCCGACUGAAUAAGCGCCUCUGUCGACUGACUGAGCUUUACCAUGACGAAACCGAAGGAACAAAAGUGCUCACUCAAAACAAAGUCAACAUUGCCCCCGCAACAGAGGAGGUAGAAAAGCCCAAAGUUGGUCUCAAGGAUCGCCUGAACAACCUGACGCGGUUCUACUAUCCAAUUCACGAGGAUGAUGACGUGUCCAAGCCGAGCACUCCUUCUAAACAGCCUUCUUCUCAGUGCCCGACUAUUAACACUCCGAUUCUGGUCAACAAGACAAAGAUUGUCAAAUUCAUUGAGCAGUUUGACACACCAAACAAGCCACAAAGCCCAGAAAAAGUUGUCAAAAAGAUUCAGCCGCCUACACCGGCUGUUGUCUCCAAGCCAGCUAACCCUGCCCCAAUGAAAAAGACCAGUGUUGCCGAUUUAAAGAAGCUAUUUGAGAACAAGGCCGAGGAGGAGCAAUCAAAGCCGAAGGAGGUUGCACCGGAGAUGUUGUCACUUCGAGAGAAAAGACGUUUGUUUGAAAAGGCAAUUCGCGAAGAAUCGGAGGCUUCAAAAAACGUGUAUCGAGGAGGUCAACGUCGAGUAAUGGAGUUGUCGCCAACCAGAUCGGAUGAAGGUGAUGCCAAAAGACUGAAAAGCGUUAUUGAGCAACAUGACGAAGAUGUAGCCACUCUGAAAAGUAGCCCCACCAAUGUGGUUGUUGAGGAUCAACAUCAAAAUGAUACUGACUACAUGUCGAUUUGCACCGACUCCAGCACAGCGUCAAAGAAAGAGGAGGACGAGCCACUCGCAGAGGAAGAAGAGUCCAGUGACGUACUGAAAGUGUCCACAGUUUCAGUGACUGAUUCACUUGACAAGGCACUGGAAAGUAUUGACAACUACUCAAUUUCCCAAAGUGCCGUAUCAUCAGAGUUUAACGAUGAGACAGUUGGCGACAUUACCUUCUCUGCUCUCGAAACUGACCAGGCACUUCAGCGAAGCUCAACUAGAGUUGACCUCAAGUCUGACAGUCAAUCGUCAGUGGAAGCUUUUCAGCAACCCAAAAACCCGCCUCAGCCAAAUGCUGAACCUGCAAACACAGAUGAGGCUCCACAACUGCGAACCAUCAGCUUCUACCGCCGAGAAAAGAAAGCUAAAGAACUGGCCGAAAUUGGCAACGCCUACUCACCUGCUCCUACAGACGACAGACUGAAGCAUCAGCAGGCCGAAGAAGAGCAAAGAAAUGCACGGGAGGAGUUCCUUCGGGGUGUGCACAAUCGCAUUGUCGCCUUGAAGAACGACAUCUCAGAGCACAACCGAAUCUUCAGCCAGGCGAGUCAGGCGCUGAACCUUACCUACCAGGCGACUAACACCGAUUCGGAGCUGAUGGAAGGCAGAGUUGAGGCCGAGCGACUUCUUCUCAUUGCAGAGGAGAAGCGCAAAGCCUGCAAAGGAGAGAUUGAGCGGCUGAAGCGACUGCAAGUCAAUCCCGACAGGUACAUCAGUCAGAGUAUUCCCAGCAGGGGCUUGCUAAAGAUUUCCAACUUGUCCGUUCCACUGCGCAAAGAGUUUGUCGAACUGCGUGCUAAGGGAAAAGCUUCCACAUACUUCUUCAUCUGCCUAGUCAUCAAUGGCCCGCAAGUGUACGUGUCCGAGCUGCUGGACACCUCCAAGUCUGCCGACAAGGACAGUCUGGAGUUCAAGUUUAAGGCCUACUGCAAGGACCUGAAGGACGACUUUGAGGUGGGCAUUCACCUGUACGCCAUGGAGCUGCAGACCCACAAUGCUCCGAAGAAGGAGGCCGGUUUCCGCUCAUUUCGCAUCAAGUUUGGCACCAGCUCGCUGAAGAAGGCAGAGAAGGCUGCGCUGGCCACCAACUCGCCACUGCCCUCAAAGCUGACCGCUGGCGGUAGCAGCAGCAGUUUCAAUUUGGUGGGCGUCGUCAAGUUGACGCUGCCUUUGCUUCGCCAGAAGCCGUUGCUGUACCGAUUUGAGUACCCUGCUGUUGGCCCUAAGCUGCACAUUCCCAUUGACAACUACCUGAGCAUUCAGGAGCAGACGCUGUCUGUGCAGCACCGCCUCACAGUGGAAGGCUGCUUUGACAUUCAGGACCCGAAAACUUCCUUUUGGAACUUGCGCCGCGUGGUCAUCUCUGGCAAUCAGCUCAAGUACUGGCGCUUUCCGGAGACCUCAACUGAGAGCGACUCGCCGCCGUUGGGCGUGAUCAAUCUGAAGCACUGCAUCAACCCGACUGUGUCCAUAUUGAAAGGCGAAGAUCGAGAGAUUUGUAUGCGAGUGAACACCAUUGCCUUGGUCACGCUCAAGCCACCGCCAGUUUCUAAUGCUCAGAAGCUCGUCCAGGGAGGCAAGAUCAGCAAGUCUGUUCCUGAGAGGCUCUUCAUUUCUUCCUCAAGCAAAAGCAGCAUACUGCAGCUUUGCGAACAAAUCAACAAAGUGCUGGGAGGCAUUCGCGCCUGGGAGAAUGACGCUGUCCGUCCAUACUCUGUCGACGAGUUCAAGAGACUUUUACUGAAAAACUAA